GCGAAACUCAGCAUUGUUAAACGUCAACCACAUCCACAUGUUUUAUCUCUCAUGUAUAACAAAUCUUGAUAGAUAUAGAAAAUGAUAGUCAUUUAAUGUGUUCAUCCGGUUUUGAGUAGCUAGAAAAGAAUAUGCCAACAGUUCAACCAAGAACUACAACUUUCUGCUCAAACAUUCAACAUGUUCUCAACCUCCGGCGACCGGAUGUCAUCUCUGGUGCCGGAAGAAACCACCGGGCAAGAAGAAGGGCCACCCCAUUCCCCGGUCUCCGGCAGCCAACAAUACAAGCAGUGGUUAGGAGUGGGGACAGCAAGGCUACUGUGGAAGAAGCAGCUGGAAAGGUGAUGGAGAAAGGUUUAGAUGAAGGGGGCAAUAAGGGGUUGAUGGAGUUUGGUACAAGUAUAGAUGUGAGGGCAGUGAUCACUCUAAGGAAGAAGAUGAGAGAGAGGCUUGUUGACAAGAUUGAAGACCAGUGGGUAUCUUUCAUCAAUGGGAUUGGCAAAGGAAUCUUGAUUCAGCUCAUCAGUGAAGACAUUGAUCCUGUUACCCAGUCUGGGAAGAGUUCAGAGUGGUCUUAUGUAAGGGGAUUUCCCAAAACUUCAGAGAAUAAUCCAUACAUAGUUGAAUAUGCAGCUGAUUUGAGGGUGCCAGGGGAUUUUGGAUGCCCAGGAGCUGCUCUGAUUACCAAUUUCCUUGACAAGGAGGUGUACUUGGUGCAAAUUGUUGUCCAUGGUUUUAGUCAAGGUCCCCUUUUCUUUUCUGCUAAUACAUGGAUACAUUCUUCCAAAGAUAAUCCUACUGAAAGUAGAAUUAUCUUCAAAAAUCAGGCAUAUUUACCAUCUCAAACACCAGCUGGCAUCAAGGGACUUCGAGGCGCAGACUUGAUGAGUAUUCGUGGUAAUGGAAAAGGUGAAAGGAAGCUACAUGAAAGAAUCUACGACUAUGAAGUAUAUAAUGAUUUGGGCAAUCCUGACAAAGAUGAUGAUCUGGCUAGGCCAGUCUUGGGUGGAAAGGAGUGGCCGUAUCCUAGACGCUGCAGGACUGGACGGCCUGCCACUAAAACAGAUCCAGCCACUGAGACUCGAAUAGAGAAGCCAAAUCCGGUUUAUGUUCCUCGAGAUGAAGCUUUUGAGGAAAUUAAGCAGGACACCUUUUCUGCUGGAAAGUUGAAAGCUGCUUUGCACAACCUCAUACCUUUGAUUGCAUCUACAUUGUCAAGUUCAGACAUUCCUUUCAACUGCUUCUCAGACAUAGAUAAGUUAUACAGUGAUGGUUUUCUCUUGAGAGAUGGAGAGGAGGCAAAGGCAAAUAUAUUUGGUCCUAAUAUGAUGACUCAGCUUUUUUCUGCUGGCCAGAGAUUGUUCAAGUAUGAAAUUCCAGCUGUAAUCAAGACUGAUAGAUUUUCCUGGCUGAGGGAUGAAGAGUUUGCCCGACAAGCUUUGGCUGGAGUUAACCCGGUUAACAUUGAAUUGUUGAAGGAAGUUCCAAUUCUGAGUAAACUAGAUCCUGCAGUUUAUGGUCCUCCUGAAUCAGCAAUCACAAAGGAUAUAAUAGAGAAACAGCUAACAGGAAUGACUGUUGAGGAGGCCAUCGCAAAGAAGAGAUUGUUCAUAAUAGACUAUCAUGACAUGCUUCUGCCAUUCAUGGAGAAGAUGAACUCCUUGGCAGGGAAAAACGCUUACGCCACAAGAACAAUUUUCUUCUACACACCUUCAGCCCAUCUGAUGCCAAUCAUUAUAGAACUUUCACUCCCUCAUAGGAACAAGCGUGUAUUGACUCACGGUAGAGACGCAACAUCCUAUUGGAUCUGGAAGCAAGCUAAAGCACAUGUUUGCUCUAAUGAUGCAGGCGUCCAUCAACUGGUCAACCAUUGGUUGAGGACUCAUGCUUCUAUGGAACCCUAUAUCAUUGCAACCCAGAGACAGCUUAGCUCAAUGCACCCAAUUUACAAACUGCUCCGUCCUCAUAUGCGCUACACCAUGGAAAUCAAUGCACUUGCAAGGCAAAGUUUAAUAAAUGGGGGAGGAAUCAUUGAAGCUUGCUUUAGCCCCGGGAAGUAUGCCAUGGAAAUAAGCUCUGCAGCCUACAAGACCAUGUGGCGGUUCGACAUGGAAGGACUGCCUGCAGAUUUAGUAAGAAGAGGAAUGGCUGAGGAGGAUCCAUCAGCACCUUGUGGGGUAAAACUUGUGAUUGAAGACUACCCUUAUGCAGCAGAUGGGCUUCUGAUAUGGGCAGCCAUAAAAGAGCUGGUGGAAUCUUACGUUGACCACUAUUAUUCUUCUGAUCAUCCGGGCUGUGUUACAUCCGACACUGAACUCCAAGAUUGGUGGAGUGAGAUCAAGAACAAAGGCCACGCUGACAAAAAACAUGAGCCAUGGUGGCCUAGCCUCAACACCAAACAUGACUUAUCUGCCAUUCUAACCACAAUCAUAUGGGUUGCCUCAGGCCAACAUGCUGCCAUCAACUUUGGGCAGUACCCUUUUGGGGGUUAUGUGCCAAAUCGUCCAACCUUAAUGCGCAGACUGAUCCCCCAAGAACAAGAUGAUGAUUACCAGAACUUUCUCCUUAACCCUCAACAAACAUUUUUGUCAUCUUUGCCAACUCAACUCCAAGCUACAAAAGUGAUGGCGGUCCAAGAUACACUGUCCACACAUUCUCCUGAUGAGGAGUACUUGCAUCAACUCCACCAACUCCAUAGCUCCUCCAUCACGGAUCCCCAUGUUCUAAACCUGUUUGCAACAUUUUCUGCAAAACUAGAGGAGAUAGAAGACACCAUAAACCGAAGAAACAAGGAUGAGAAUCUGAAAAACCGAAACGGUGCUGGGAUCCCUCCAUAUCAACUACUUAUGCCCUCUUCACCUCCAGGCGUGACUGGUCGUGGUGUUCCCAACAGCAUCUCAAUCUGAUAUACUGAUGAUCAGAUGCACUUCAAGAAAAUUAUAUAUGGAUUACUAGUUCAAUAAAUAAGUAGUCUUAAUGAUUAAAAUAAUUAGUCUAAUUUAAUAAUUUUAAUUCAUUUGAUAAUUAUGGAUUGCUGCUAGUCCUCUACAGAGUUGGUGUUAGGGUUGUUGUUCUUAUUAUUAUUCAAUACUCAUGUUAGUAA